AGCAGUUACAUGUAAUUAUUGCUGGUUCUUGGUGCCGAAGGAGGCGUUCUCAUUUCUGCCGUUCAAAUUGGCCGGGUUUGCGGUGCAUUAGUCAUUGCUUUUGCCAGACGAAGAGUAAGGUCAUCCAACACUACACAAGAGAUGGUGGAUGCUGCUAUUUCUAGCAUCACUUCUUCACAGAUAAUGAUGAUACGGGGUGGUGGUGGUGCUGCUGCUGCUGCUGCUGCUUUCCCAUUCAAAUCCAUGGAACUGCGAUGGAUUCGCAGAAACAGUAGAAGAAAGAUCCCUAACCCAAACCCAAGUUCAAGGGAGUUUGGAAGCUUAAAUUCAACACCACCACCAUUGAUGAUGCCAAUUUACAUAUCAACGGACCCAUACCACAUUAAUCUUCAAGAGCUUAGUGAGCUGUACACUAGUUGCAACCACUCCUGCCACCGGUUCCCUAAGGUGGACCUAAACACCGGCAUAGUUGAAGAAGCCUUGAACUUGGACAAGCUCCGGAUUGCUCUCUCCCACAGUUGUGUGAUUGUUUCAGUCUUCUGCAAACCUCAGCAUGUCAAGGUGACUAGCAUCACCAAGCAAAUCCAAAACAAAGAACAGCAGAAGCAAAUGAAAAAGGACUUUGUUGGAGAUUUGAUGGAGAGUGUGACGCCCGUCAACCCUUCGAACGGCCGGCUUAUUGGCUUUGGCCGUGCUGUUUCUGAUCUAGGAUUGACUGCAUCCAUCUACGAUGUCAUGGUCGCUCCUCCUUUACAGGGCAUGGAAAUUGGGACGAUAAUAGUUAAAAGGAUUGUAAGGAUGCUCACAACUAGAGACAUUUAUGACAUAGCUGCUAUUUGUUCCACAAAGGAAAGGUUCUUCUUCAAAGCAUGUGGAUUCAGAGAUGACAUCUUAGGCUCUACUACGAUGAUGUAUGGUAGGACGGUUUCAAAUACUUGUUUUGAAGGUGACGAGAUGGUUACGGAAGCUGGUCGAAAACUUUUGUUAGCUCCACCACCCCGAGUGCCACCGUUUGCAUCUUCCAACACAGCCAAACAUCAAGGUUGAAGCACACGGUUGCCUUAUGAAUUCAAUUUUUUGUCUUAUUAAUGAAGCAUAUGGAAUUUUUUUUUGUUGGGGGGGGGCUUUUUUUUUCCGGUUUCAUUGUGCAUUC